AAUUAUUUUUAUACAAAACGUACUACGUGUUCUGUUUGAGUUCAAUCAUACCCCUACUCCUGACUAUCUAUAAAUACUAGUACAAAGCAGAAGCCAUUUGCAUAGGCAAUUUCUCAGAUAUUUCAACAAUUACAGAUCUCUUUCCUCUCUCGCCAUUCUCCCCUACUGAAUUAUAGUAAUUGCGAAGCAAGUUUUCCCUCAAAUCCACAAAAAUGAAGCAAAAGGUGGUUAUCAGAUUAUCUUGGAACGGAAAUGAUCAGAAAUGUCGGUCCAAGGCCUUCAAGAUUGCUGUUUCUCAGCCAGGGUUAGAAUCAGUAGCUAUAGAAGCAGACGAAAAGAACCAAUUAGAAGUUGUGGGUGAACAGAUUGACGCGGUGACACUGACAAGUUCGCUCAGGAAGAAUUUGGGGCAAGCGGAAUUGUUGAGCGUUGGCCCUGCUGCUGGUGAUGACGAUAAAGAUAAUAGUUCUGACAUAACAGCCCAAGCUUCAGUUGUGCCUGUGACAAUAGAGUCACAACCAUAUUACUACCCCGAUUAUGCGGUACCUCAAUAUCCAGUUUUCCAAGUUAGAGAUUCAUAUCAACAAGAAGGCUGCCGCUCAAUUAUGUAAACGUAAGAUAAGAAAUGGCUUCCAAAAACUGCUUUAUUAGUCUUCAUACAUAUGCGUACGCUUUAGCUAUAUUAAAAUACUUAUGUAACAAUUUAUA